AUGAACGAUAUGGCAAAACCUCUCCCAACUCCACCGACUGCUGAGAUCAGGAAAAGUCGAUCCAAUUCACCAAAAAAAGCUCAGAAAACAAAUCUAAGUCCAAACAAAAAUCAGAAUAAUGAGAAAAAUGUACCUAGAUCAAACGGAAGAACCAAAAACGAACACAAUAGUAUGGAUGACGAAGAGUUUGAAUUCUUCCAUCAAUUUAGUCGGGAGAAAGUUAAAGGCGUCAUACACGUAAUCACCGCUGAACUUAAGGAAAAAGGUCCAGAUGUUGAAUUUUUAAUGAUACCGUUCAGGCCGGAACAGACGAACGACAAAUUGCUGACAUUACUAAAUCAGCUAUUCCCACUAGGAAACGGUCAACCAGUCAACGAAAAAAAACAGCUCAGAAUUGUUUCCAAGGCCGAUGUCUGGACUUUAUUUCAAUGCUUAAAAUACAUUUGGUGCAGACUUCCAAAUUCAGAAAUCAUAGGCUGGAAAUCUUAUUUGGAGUUUAAAUUCAGGGAAGAAGAUAAAAAAUUUCCUCGAAAAUCAUUUUUGGAAAUUAUGCCUCAAUGUCUAGCUUCCCCAAAUCAUGCAUCAAUCGUUUACGAUUUUUUUGACUUGAUUAUUUCAAUUUCAUCAAAUUCAAGAGUUAAUAAAAUGAGUGCUAGAAAAAUAUCGAAGAUGUGUGCAAUCUGGGCGUUUAGUAAACAGAUACCAAAUUCUGAUAUCCAAGAUUACGAUUUUGAAUCAGCCGCCAUGAAGUCUUUUGCCCCCAACAAUUCCAUACAAGAUGGGCUAGAUCAGUGGAUUCCGGCUUCAGAUGCCAUGUUUCACCUACUCUUAGCAUUUCUAAGAAGUUUUGUCCCUCAAGAUCUUGAAUCGGCAAAGCUGCCGCGCACACUUAAGAGUUUACUAUUCAAUAAUCAGUAUCCUCCAAGAAAAUCAACAGCGUACACAUCAGAGACAAUCCUAACCAUUCCUCUGGUAACUUUAAAAACAGACGUCUUUUCGAGAAAACCUUGGCAAUUAUUGGAGCGUUGCAAUGAUCUUCUUGAUUUCAGUGAUCAUGAUGCAUUCGAAGCAAGAGAGGACUACGCUUUAUUAAAGUCUUUAUUCAGAAAGAAAAAUACAGUGGAGGGAAUUAGCAGGAAAAUGUCCCAGGAGUCAAGAAGGUUGAUGAAAGCAAUGUCUACCAAACAUUCAACAUUUCAACCAGGUUGGGCUCCCAGAGAAUGUAUUGAAAAUAUUUCUCAUUUAAAAGAAUGUAUUGAGGUUAAAAGACUAGAUAUCGAUGAUUAUUUUAUUUGGACUUGGUUAUCGUCCCUUUCUUUCGAACAAACAUCCGAAAAGAAAAAAAUUUUUGGAAGAUCUAUUAUAUUGGAAUUUGAAUUUGAUGGAUUUAAAAAAUGGGUGGUUUUCCAAGAAUGUGAUAUAACGUUAGAUUAUAAUAAAAAGGGUCAAUUGAAGAAAAAGACUUCUGCACAGUCACCAACGACCGAAAAGGAACUACCUCCUGAUGACUUUGAAUUAGAAGAUCCACCUCUCUCCAAAUCUCCUACACUAUCUCAGACCUACAAAAAAUUCCAAGCUGAGGUACCUCAGCAAAGUACUGUUCGAAGGGAUUCAGCACCCGAUAACCAAGGAAUCUAUCACACAGUCAUUAGUAAAAAUGCAUUGACUAAAAAUAAGCAUAAUGUGAAUUUGCAUUCUUUUGAACAUAAAAUCUCCAAAUGGAAUCCUCUAAACAACCUGCGAAAGAAAAGCGGUAGUAACUCUAGUAGUUCAUCAUUUGAGGAAAAAAGUAAAGACGCUCCCAUCCGCGAAGAAUACCAUACCAACAAAAAUCACAAAUCGAAAAAAGAAGAGCGAGUACUAUCUCAGUUUAGCACACUUAAUCCUGAUGAAUAUCAGUUACCAGUAAUAGAGACCGGUUCAUCAAACUUUAAGAUUGAAAUACCGGAAUUAAUGUACGAACACGAUGAUGACGACAGUGACAAACUUAAAAAUUCCCAGAAAAGAGCUACCGACUCAGCUAUUGAAGAAUUAAACGGUAUGGUUGAAGAAAUGAUGAUUAAUGAGCCAGACGAUGUAAAAAUCUCCAUAACUGAGGCAGAGACUUUCGAAUCAUUGACAAAGUUUGAUCAAUAUAAGCCAUCCAAUAUAACUGACGAUGACUUACAAAGCAGCCAUUCAAGCGCCGUUCACUCAUUGAAGCUAAGUACAAAUACAAAUGAUUCUUGCGCUGAUAGUUCCAAAUACACCGCUGAUAGGAAAUUAGCGGAACCUAGAAAGAUUUCUGAGGAAUCCAAAGUCAACGACGAUUCAUCAUCAUAUUAUUCUCCAAAUAUCAACAACUUGCCGGCAUCAAGAAUGCCUAGUCAACCCACUUAUUCAAAUUCGGAUUCGAAAAAGGCAUUUACGAAUGAGUCUCGCCUGAACGUCUUACAAGGUGCAGUCAGUCCAUCUCAACAGGUAACACCAAAACCAUAUAAAAAUGCGCCUGGAGACUGUGUAUCUCCUGUUCAGCAAAAAUACUAUCAGAACGAUCGUAGAAAUGAAAUGUCGCCUGCAAGUGCACCAGUUCCACCUUCUGCAUAUUCACCUGCGAGGUCUCCACAAUUCUCCACCAAUUCGGCUGGAUUCAAGCAGAACACGAUUAAUGUACCCGUUGGGUAUAAUGAUCCUGCUCACGUUUUAGCAAAUCAACCACAUAUGACAUAUCGGGACCAGCAUAAUUAUCCAUCUCACCAACAAAAACAACGUCCCUUCCAAAACAAUAUUGUGCCCCCAGAACUAAAGUCCAGAAAUCAACGGGCAGAUGCUUCACCUAUUCCCCAACAUAUGGUGCCAGUAAAACAAGGUGUGCCCAAUCUUCCAUCUAACGUUCCAUUAUAUCAACAAAUGGAACGAAUGAACCCUAACCACCAGCACCCUGUAAAUACUUACAAGGUAACUCAGCCGCCGUAUCAUAAUAACACAACAAAUGCUUAUGGGAACAGCCGGGCAGGCAAUGCUCAUAUGUUAGAUGGAAAGUGGAGCAAUAAUCCGCCGCAAAUGGUACCAAAGGGAGUUCGCCCCAAUCAAUAUCCACAGCAGCACGUUAAUAGGUAUUCACCGCAAGCUCAACCUGUCGUACCUGCGGAAUACUACAAUGGACCUCCACCUAUGCGAGCACCUCCAAUGAUGUCCCAUAUGGUACCAGCUCAGGAGCCGAUACGUUACACAGCUGGUGCUAACAGGCGUAGUUUUCCCCAAGGCAUGCAGCAGAAUGCCUAUUCCGUACCCGCUCAGCCUAUGGGGGCUGUAAAUAGUGAAUUUUACCUACCAGAAGCUCCUCAGGGAAACAAACUGCAUGGAAAUAUUAACAAAAGACAGGAGAGAAAGAAGCUAUAUGAUAACAUUAGAAGCGGAAAUUUCGGCAUAUAG